AUGGGUACAAGUGUUCGUAGUUUGACAGCAAUGUUUGCACAAAUAGGAUCCUCAUCAUCCAAAAUACAUAACCUCUCAUCAUGUAACAUCCUACUGAUCGGAGAGACAGGAUCAGGAAAAUCUACGCUGAUCAACUAUCUGACAAACUAUUUCAAAGGCGGAUCACUUGAAAAACCGAGAAUCGCUAUUCCUACCAAGCACUACGACGCGACAGAAGAGUAUCAAUCCACUGAGAAAGAUCUUCACGAUGCAAAGAAGAGCAAGACCAGUGAGUGUAAUACUUAUGGUUUCAUAAAAGGUGGUUGUCUUUACAACUUCAUCGACACACCGGGCCUGAGCGACACAGAAGGAACAGAAAGAGACGACCAGCAUAUUACAAAAAUAAUGACUGCUGCAGAGAAAACUGGGUCUAUGGCUGGUAUUAUCAUUGUCAUAAAUGGCACGGUAGCUAGAGCUACAGUAAACCUGCGGAACACUUUGGUUCGUUUGAGAAGUUCCGUGCCGGAUAUACUUCUGAACAACCUCGUAGUUGUCCUCACUAACUGUUCAGUGUCUACAGCUAACUUCGAUCUGGAAUCUCUCGAGCCAUGGACGAUUUCCGAAGACAAUGUAUUCUACAUGAAUAACUCUGCUGUUAGCAAACCGAGGCAAUCUUGGAUUGACAGCAAGAAGUUGAAAGCAGGCCUCUUGAGAGAUUGGGAAGAUUCAAUGGAGGAAAUCAACAGUAUGAUUCUCCGAGUGAAAACCCUGGGUACUGUUGCUACUGAUACGUUCAAAGAAAUGCGCCAGAAGAGAAAUAAGAUCAAGUCAGAGAUCACGGGAAUCUUGCUCGAAGUGAAGAAACUACAGGAUACGCAGAGUAAGCUGAGUACUGCAAAGAGCGCUCAUAAGGAAGUUACUGAAAAUA